AUGGAGCGUACCCUGCGCCUGGUGGCCUUGCUGCGGGAGGCGGAGGAGGUGAAAGCACCAAAGGGUGUCCCUUGUGACGGAAAAGUGGUAAGCUUCGACAAUGCAUUGGCCUUCCUGCAACGGUACAAUCGCUUCUUGAGAGAUUUGGGCCCCAAGCUGGCCAGUCCACAGGAGAGCAACCUGAGGGUGCCAAAAGCAGAUCCCACCGAAGCGAAUGGUGUGAAGAAAAAGCAUGGUGCAGCCUUUGGCCGUGGCAUUUACACAUGCCCAGACUACAAAAUGGCGAAAGAGGCCGUUUGA